UCUGCAACAAGCCGCCCAUCUGCCAUCAACAAGUUAAGACCGAGAGAACUAACGGCUGCAGAAAGGAGAGGCUGAAGCUUUGGUUAACCAGAUGAGCAGUCAGAGGAGGACGAAAUUAAUAACAUAUUCAAAACUGAUUUAGGGGAUCAGAGUGGUCACAGAAAAUGAAACCAAUGCUUUCGAGAGGAAUAUCCUAAGGAAAAAACAACUCACCCUGGUGGAUUCAAUUUUACUCGGAAAGCCUGGGACACAGAAAACAGGAAACUGGUCAAAGGCUCCCGCAUGUUAGAGCCUUUUACAGACUCACUGCGUUGAGUCUGACAGCCGAGACUGAAUGCAGGCUCCAAUGUGCUCAGAAGAAUGGGCUUACAUUUCAAGUGGCCAUUAGGGGCCCCUAUGCUGGCAGCAAUAUAUGCAAUGAGUAUGGUUUUAAAAAUGCUGCCUGCCCUGGGUAUGGCAUGUCCACCCAAAUGCCGCUGUGAGAAGCUGCUCUUCUACUGCGACUCUCAGGGCUUCCACUCAGUGCCAAACACCACAGACAAGGGCUCUCUGGGCCUGUCCCUGAGGCACAAUCACAUCACAGAGCUUGAAAGGGAUCAAUUUGCCAGCUUCAGUCAACUUACCUGGCUCCACUUAGACCAUAAUCAAAUAUCAACAGUAAAAGAAGAUGCUUUUCAAGGACUAUAUAAACUUAAGGAAUUAAUCUUAAGUUCCAACAAAAUAUUUUAUUUACCAAACACAACUUUUACCCAACUGAUUAACCUGCAAAAUUUGGACCUGUCUUUUAAUCAGCUGUCAUCUCUGCACCCAGAGCUCUUCUAUGGCCUCCGGAAGCUACAGACCUUGCAUUUACGGUCCAACUCCCUGCGGACUAUCCCAGUACGCCUGUUCUGGGACUGUCGUAGUCUGGAGUUUCUGGAUUUGAGCACAAACCGUUUGCGAAGUUUGGCUCGCAAUGGAUUUGCAGGAUUAAUCAAACUGAGAGAGCUUCACCUAGAGCACAACCAGCUGACGAAGAUUAAUUUUGCUCAUUUCCUACGGCUAAGCAGUCUGCACACACUCUUCUUACAAUGGAACAAAAUUAGCAACUUGACAUGUGGGAUGGAGUGGACCUGGGGCACUUUAGAAAAGCUAGACCUGACUGGAAAUGAAAUAAAAGCCAUCGACCUGACAGUGUUUGAAACGAUGCCUAAUCUUAAAAUACUCCUCAUGGAUAACAACAAGUUAAACAGCCUUGAUUCCAAGAUCUUAAACUCCCUGAGAUCCCUCACAACCGUUGGCCUCUCUGGCAAUCUGUGGGAAUGCAGCCCUCGAAUAUGUGCUUUGGCCUCCUGGCUGGGCAGUUUCCAAGGUCGGUGGGAGCAUUCCAUCCUAUGCCACAGCCCCGACCACACCCAAGGAGAGGAUAUACUAGAUGCAGUCCACGGAUUUCAGCUCUGCUGGAAUUUAUCAACCACUGUCACCGCCAUGGCUACAACUUAUAAAGAUCCAACCACUGAAUAUACAAAAAGAAUAAGCUCAUCAAGUUACCAUGUGGGAGACAAAGAAAUCCCAACUACUGCGGGCAUAGCAGUUACUACUGAGGAACACUUUCCCGAACCAGACAAUGCCAUCUUCACUCAGCGGGUAAUUACGGGAACAAUGGCUUUAUUGUUUUCUUUCUUUUUUAUUAUUUUUAUAGUGUUCAUCUCCAGGAAGUGCUGCCCUCCCACUUUAAGAAGAAUUAGGCAGUGCUCAAUGAUUCAGAACCACAGGCAGCUCCGAUCCCAAACACGACUCCAUAUGUCAAACAUGUCAGACCAAGGACCAUAUAAUGAAUAUGAACCCACCCAUGAAGGACCUUUCAUCAUCAUUAAUGGUUAUGGACAGUGCAAGUGUCAGCAGCUGCCAUACAAAGAAUGCGAAGUAUAAUAUCUACCCAUCAUCAAAAAUCACAUCAGAUAAGUAACCUAUUUUACAUAGUAGGGGCUAAAUACAUAUCUAAUUUUUACCAAUGGUGACAAUAAGGCUAAUUUUUCCAAACCAAGUGGAGACUUAGGUUUCUGACGUGUUGAAGUAUUUUUAAUUUUUUUUAAUGAAACCAUACUUUAAGUGUUAAAUGAAGCGAUGCUCACAUUAAUUUGCACUCUUGUUGGAAAGUCUAAAAAUGCUUACUUCAAAAUAAGACACUUCAUGUAUGUAAUUAUAUGCUACUGUGGGUAAACAUUUACACUAAGGUCUCCAUAUGCUAUUUUUUUCUACUGAAAACAGUUUGGAAAGAAGCUACUGAGCAGAAAGAGAUAUGGAUCAAUACUUGUUUGAUCAUUGCUCUCUACCCCAAGUACCACAACUGGCUUGCUGCUUAAAAGGAGACUUAGCAAAGUUCUCUUGUAUGAUAAUUUGGUAUUUACUCAAACCUAUUAUUUACUGCCAGCGUGGGGAGUAGAAUUUCACAUAUGCUGAAGACUGGUCAAUAUUAAACACUCUUCUUCCAGAGUUUUUGCCUGGGUUAAUAGAUAUUAUCAAAGUCCAUAUCAUGAAAUCAGAACCCUUUAUGUAAUUCUAAUAAGUUGAGGGACUCUUUAAUAUAUUUAAACAAUGAAUCCAAGUGAUUGUGAAAAGGUCUCAUUACAAUGAAAUCAAUACUAAAUAAUUACACUGACUUCGUUUCAUAUCUCUAGUUUGACUUAUAAUGGACAUGUUGAUUUU